CUGAUUGGCUGCCUUGUUUUCCUCUUCCGCACUCAUCGCAGCUUCAUGUUUCGCCUGCCAAGCGUCCUGAUUUCUACACGAAUAGAAGUUAAAUACGUGAUUAUUAAUAAACUAGAGGUAUGUGAAACUCACAUCUGUAAUGUUAAUGGCACCCAAUAUGAGUGUUUAUUAGCUGCUGGAUUAUUGUGCCCUGCUUGACUGACUGCGCUCUUGAAAAACAAUGGAACAUCAGCAUGCUGAGUUUGUGGACACACAUUAUGAGGCUCUCAUUCAGAGAGCUACGUCUGUGAUGCUCAUCACUGAUAAGCUGUAUGAAAACAGAAAUAUUACCUGGGAAGUGAAUUCGAAGAUCACAAAGGCGACUUCUAAAAAGACUCAAAUGAGAGUGCUUCUGGACGCUGUCAGAUCUGGAGGACCUGCAUUAAAAUCUGCUUUUUACAAAGUACUGCAAGAAGUUGAGCCUGAUUUCAUUCGAGGACUUGCAGGGCCAUCCUCACAGACAGACAGACCUGAAGAUGAUAUCGUCAGGUGGAACCCAUCCUCAAUAAAGUACGAAAGUAAAAUAGAUGAGCUCCGGAAAGAUUCCUCCAGAAAGAAAGUCGGGAACCUCUACUUUUCUAGAAGUAAUAAAUACAUUAUUGGCUCUGGAGGAAGUGGCAAAGUAUAUCUUGGCCUGAAGGAAGAUGGCACUGAGGUGGCAAUUAAACGAAUAAUCAAGGACCAACAGGAAAGCAAAUGCUUUGAAAAUGAACUAAAGUAUCUACGAGAUUUAAAUCUUGAGAGUAAGAACAUUGUCAGGUAUGUGGACUUAGCAGAGGAUGAAGACUUUUAUUAUCUUGCGCUACAGCUUUGUGAAUAUGAUAUGGAGGAUUACAUGGAAAAUCUUCAUCAGGAAGAACAAGACAAAGACACGGCUUUGAGGAGAAUAGUGAAGGAGAUGCUUCUUGGCCUUAAAGUUCUUCACUGUGCUGGAGUGAUACAUCGCGAUAUAAAGCCUGGAAAUGUUUUGAUAGACUCAGGAAAAAAUGCAAGGCUGGCUGACUUUGGCAUAAGUCGCAAACUGGAGGAGGGCAAAAGCACAGUACAUACUGCUAGAGCUGGUACACAAGGCUGGGAAGCAACAGAGAUCCUGAAUCAAGAAACAGGUUACAAGCAGAACUCAGACAUCCAGGUUGCUGGGAUGUUGGUGUACUACAUCCUCUCUGACGGAAAACAUCCUUUUGGGGACACAAAGGAUCGUGAGGAGAACAUCAAGAAAGGGCAGCACUCUCUUGAAGAUUUACAAGAUAUAGUAGCAAAGGAUCUCAUAGCAUGGAUGAUCAACAGAGACCCGGCAGAGAGACCGAGCAUUGAUGAGGUCCUACGACACCCUUAUUUCUGGGAUGAUAACAGAAAAGAUGCAGUCCUCAGGAAGCUGGGUGAUAGGCCUGAAAUCCAGAACUAUGAGGUUUUAGCAAAACUUCGGAAACUCUACAUAGAGAAAGGGCACACAGAGAGAACAGACCCAACAGAAACACUGAACAUUAAUGAGGCCUUCAGUGAACUGAAAAUCAAGGAUGAAAAGAAGAAAAACGACAUCCUUACUAUAGUUGGUGAGGAUUUGAAGAACCUUUGGAAGCUCUUCAACACUGCGGAGGAGGUCACAAAGGGGAAAAGCUUUUCUAAUUGGCAAUCAGAGCUUUCACAAAUAUGGACAGACAUUAACAAAAAGCUUCCGGAGGACAUUCUUGGCCUGCUGCGCGUUUUGCGCAACAAACUGGUGCAUGCAAAUGUCAGAAAUGAAUUUGAAGAGAAGAAGAUUUUUGACCUCUUCCCGGACUUUUUCAUCAGUUUACACAGAGUGGCUAAAGACUUGAGUUGGAAAUAUUGAAGAUGCUGAGAGGACAUUACACCACAACAUACCAAAAUCAUUUACAUUUUUAACAAUCGACAUAAAACUUCUCAUUAUUUGAAAUGGAGCAAUCAUUCUUUGCUAACAAGUUAAAGCGCUGUGCUUUGAAUUAUUACUUACAGUUUUUCACUGUUUUAAUACGACUGACUUUAUAUUUAAUGUGAAUGUAACAUUAAAGGUUAGCCUACUUAUAACACUUUCAUUGUACAGAAAGAGAGUAAAGAACAUUUACAUUAUCAAAGAACACACUGACAGUCUAUAGUUCAAGCACUCUCAAAAACUCCCAUUUAAAUCACUGAAGCUGUUUACACUCUGAAAUUAAUCUCUCACUUACAGAUUCAUACACAUCUGCACUUUUUUUUAACGAGAUAAUUCACCACAAAGAGGUAUUCAGUCAGUGAGCUAAUGAAGAAAACACCUGCAUUUUAGCGAUGACUCAUCUGAACACCUCUGAUUGGUCAUUGCAUUCAUAAGCUCAACAGCAUCGUGUGUGAUUGGUUAUAAUGCGCAGUGCUUUAAAAACUCAGCACCAGCGAACACAGAUUUGAAUUUAGCAGCUGAUGGUAUGACGCACUGAACGAAUUAAUCACGUCUGUGUGAUUGUAUCAAAUAUAGAAAAUAUUUUUCGGUUAUUUUUUGUCUUUUGGAAGCUGCAUUCAAAAUCAACUUGGUUCAAAAAUCGGAGGGGGUACGUGCCGCCUCACUUUGAAUGGGAAUGACGCCUCUGCCCUAAACCAAUUUGUCAAAUAAAUCACACUUACUGCAAAACCAAAACAAAUUCAGGUAGACACAUUGCCUGGCAAGGGACAAACUGAUUGAUGAAGUCCUCUGGCUGGACCCAGACCUGAUCCUGAGGCAGAAUAAUAUUUCUGUUCUUUGUGUGUGUGUGUGUGUGUGUGUGUGUGUGUGUGUGUAAUUGCAAAAUGUUUACUACAUAAAAUAAAUAA